GGGAGUUUACCCGGAUUUCGAGAAAAAAAAAAUAUUAAAAUAAUAAAAAUCAGUGAAUCUGUCCAAGGGGAGUUCACUCCAGUGAACCCGGAUCGUCACUGUAGCGCGGACCCCACGACACGUGGCGGCUCGCGAUUGGUCCUAUUAAUAAUUUUUUUUUUUUUUUUAACAAAAAUAAAACAGAAAAAAAAUAAUAAUAAAAAAUGUUUUAUGAACCUGGCGUUCACAAAUGCGGAUGGUCUAAGAACAAACAAUUGCUAGUCGCUCUUUUGCAUCUCAAAAGCAAAAAAGAUUAAACCUUUGGUUUGGUUGGAUCCGAUAACGAGGGGAGAGAUGAAGGUGAAGAGAAGAAGAAGAAGAAGAAGAAGAAGAAGGAGAAGACGACGGUGAGGAUGCUCUGCGAUUUCUGCGGAUCAUCAUCCAGCAAGAGAUAUGAACACACAAAACAAGAAGAAGCUCUGUUGAUUGAGAGCGAACUCAAGCGACUACGGCUUUUGACCAGGAGAAUGACUGGUAAAGAUCUAGACGGCCUGACUUUCGCUGAGCUUCUACUACUUGAAUCCCUUCUUAAACAAGUCUUGCUCAUUGUGAAGAAGCUCAAGAAGAAGACAGAGCUGGAAGAAGAGCAAAGGCUGCAGAAGAAAGAAGCAGAUGAUGAGUGUGAAAAGAUAGUACGAGGAGAGAGCUGGUGGUUUUGGCUCCUUGCAACAGACAAGAAGAUGAAGAAGCACCACCACCACUGUCUCGAAUUCAGGAGGAUGAGUGGUAGAGAGCUGGCAGGUAUGACUUACUCUGAGCUCCGCUUGCUUGAAGAUGAGAUCAACCGUGGACUAAUGGGGUUGCACGAGCAACAGUUUGGACCGAGGAUGGAGCAAAUUGCAACGCAGCAAAGUGAGAAAUUGAUCUCGCAGUUGAGAGACGCUGAUGAGAGACUCGGAACAGUUGAUGGUUCUUGAGGAGCACCUGAGAUGUUCUGUUGAGCAAUGAUCAUUAAUACUGUUCUCUGAUAACUAACAAACUCCAUUAGCACCGUGCUUAUUAUUUGGUCGACUAAAAUUUUCUUCAAUUGGCACAAUUUACAUUUAAAUUUUUGUGUAUGAUAUAUUUUAGUGAAUCUUUUAUUAUGUUGA